ACUACUGGAACAUACCUCAUAAACACAUGGUGUUUGUUGAUAGUGCUUUAAUGAUAAUAGAUUAGCGGUUUUUGUUCUGCUAUCACCAAAUUAAUUCUACUAUUUUUAUAUUCUAAAUAUUUUUGUUCAUAAUAUCGGUCCCGCCUAAGCAACUUUCCUUGUCUUUAUGCUAAGUGUAAACUGACUGGACAUCGUACUCAAUAAAAUUUGGAAAUCACAAUAAUAUUGUAAACAAUGUCAGAAAACGAACCCUCUACAAGUGAUUGUGAUGAUGUGAAUGGCUCUAGUUUAGAAUCUGAUUCGUCGAUCUCUGUAGAACAAAAAUCAGAUAGUAGUGACAACGAGCAGCUUAAACUGGCAGAUGAUGAUUUCCGGAAGAUGCCGUUCGAGGAGCUUUUGCAACUGAAACGUCGACUAGGCUCCAAAGUAUACAACGAGGCUGUUUUUGGCAAAACCAAUAGCAGAGAAGCUGAACCAUCUCCAAAAUUAUCAAAGAAAAAGCGUGCAGCGCUUGAAAAGGAUAGCGAUUCUGAUGGACCACCGGAAGAAUUGAAUGCAAAACGAAAAGUUCCAAUGCUGGGAAUGGAGAAACGACAUCAAAAGGCAGCACAGUCACGUUCCAAAGAUCCGCGAUUUGAUGCUAAUCAAGGUUAUUUCAGUGGACGGAAGUUCCGCGAACAGUACGGUUUUAUUAACGAGCUUAGGUCCGAAGAAUUGGCAAGCUUGCAGGCGCAACUAGAAGAAUCAGUCGAUCCGAUAGAAAUCGAUCGAUUGAAGUUUGCCAUUCGAAGAACAGAGAACCAAGUUCGAGAGUUCAACAAACAGAAGGAACAGGAUAAAAAACGCCAACUUGAACGACAGGAAACCCGUAAGGCUAUAGAAGAAGGAAAACGACCGUUUUACGAGAAGAAAAGCACUAAAAAAGCUCGUGAGUUGGUUGAGAAAUACGAUCAGCUUAGAGAAACUGGAAAACUUGGCAAACACAUUGAUAAACGCAGGAAAAAGAAUACCGCGAAAGAUCGGAAAAAGCUGGAUUUUUCAACUUAGACUUCUACGUACAAAUAAAGUGCUAAAGCGUUCAAAAAUUUUUUCGCUAA